GGGGGAUGUUAAGGGUGGGGAGGCGGGGAUGGGGGAUUUGUUUUCCAAAUCCAAGAAACAGCGCCGAGUGGCCGCGAAGCGACUCCGCAAGGAACAGGCCAUGAACCCGGGGAUGCUGAUCCCCAAGGUGCCCAUCUACGAGCAGACGGUCGACCUGCCCACUGGCGACGGGUCGUUGCAGGGCGCGGUGCAGGCGGGCGAGGCGCGAGACGAGCUGACGAAGGCGAUGCGGGAUAAGCGGCGAGCGACGAUCAAGGAGGCGAAUUUCCUCAAGGCUAUGAGCUGAGGUGGUGGGGCGUGAUUUUGGGAGGGUAUGGAUAUGUGUUUUGAUAUUGUGAUGAGAUUGGAUGGAUGGAUGGAUGGCUUGGGGGGGGAAGAAAUGACAGUGAGUGUGUACGACAAAUGUGUGUGUAUCACGGCAUAGACGCAAUGGUUGUAUGGUCGUUGAUCGCAAUUACAA